UGUACAUUUUUGUUGGGCCGACUACCUGGUCACACUGCUGGCAGUUUUGUGAUUGUGUCAAAAAUACAGGGGUUUUUGUUGCAUUUGCAAUUUAAUCCGAUAAUAUCAAGAGUGGAGUUAUGCGAGAGACGGCGUUGCAACCGACCAGCCACCAGAGCGGCCACACGUUUGGCUAUUAAUUAAAUCAGCUGCGGCAUCCGAAUCGGAAUAGGAGCAGCGACAAGAGAGAGAGAGAGAGAGCGCGCGAGAGCGGCGCCAAUAGUGUGCCGACGUCUUCCCAUUUCCACUUCAAAUUUCAAUUCCAAUUCAAAAAUCCACCGUCGAGCAGCGGGCGGGCAGCCACGAAAGUUAACUUAACCGAUACAGGCCACAUCAAACCGGAGCACCAGCAACAGCAGCGGAGGCAGCAGCAGCGGCGGCGUCACUUGAUAUUGGUCUUUUUUUGCUUGGCAGCCGCACACAGUAACCGGCAACAUUUCACUGGAUCUAAUGGCCAAGGACGAGGAGGAUGACCUGCUGCCCGAUAAGGAUGCCGCCAAGGGCUUCUACGCCAAGUAUGAGCCCAAGGAGAUAUUGGGCAGGGGCAUCAGCUCGACCGUGCGCCGGUGCAUCGAGAAGGAGACGGGCAAGGAGUUCGCCGCCAAGAUCAUUGACCUGGGCGCCACCACGGAAGCGGGCGAGACGAAUCCAUAUCAUAUGCUCGAAGCAACCAGACAAGAAAUCUCAAUCCUGCGCCAGGUCAUGGGUCAUCCCUACAUAAUUGAUCUGCAGGACGUGUUUGAGUCAGAUGCAUUUGUUUUCCUCGUAUUCGAGCUCUGUCCCAAAGGCGAGCUCUUCGACUAUCUGACCUCCGUGGUGACGCUCUCCGAGAAGAAGACACGCACAAUUAUGCGUCAGAUUUUCGAGGGCGUCGAGUACAUCCAUGCCAAGAAUAUCGUUCAUCGCGACCUUAAGCCCGAGAACAUCUUGCUCGACGAGAAUCACAAUGUGAAAAUCACGGACUUUGGUUUCGCCAGGCAGCUGCAGGAAGGCGAGAAACUUACAGAUCUGUGCGGAACGCCGGGCUACUUGGCGCCGGAGACACUCAAGUGCAACAUGUUCGAGGGAUCGCCCGGCUACUCCCAGGAAGUGGAUAUAUGGGCCUGCGGUGUCAUCAUGUUCACGCUGCUCGUCGGCUGUCCGCCCUUUUGGCACCGCAAACAGAUGGUCAUGCUGCGGAAUAUCAUGGAGGGCAAAUACAGCUUCACCUCGCCCGAGUGGGCAGAUAUUUCAGAGGAUCCCAAGGAUCUGAUACGAAAAUGUCUAGUCGUUGAUCCUGCGCAACGUAUCACCGUCAAGGAAGUAUUAAGACAUCCAUUCUUCAACCAAAUGGUGCUAAUGGGUGAUCGCCGGCAUCCGCAUUUGUAUCCGGCGCCGCCAGUUGUCUCUGCCGGCCACUCGAGUCGCUUCUCCCUGGCUGGCUCCUCAUCAAUGGCCCUGAACAGCGGUUACCUGUACUGUGCGCCGCAGAGCUCCUAUUCCUCAAACCGGAUGCGGGACGGGCCACUGGACGAUGCCUGCCAUGCCGCCUCGAUGGCCACCUCCUGUGCCUCAGCAUCCAACAUCUCUCCGGCCUCUGCCAGCACAUCUGGAAACGCCUCCACAUCCGCCUCAUACAAAACGCUUACGGCUACGGUCUACUAUCAGCAGCAGCCCCAGCAACAGCAGCAACAGCAGCAGUUCCUCCAGUCGCAGCAACACGCUCAGGCACAGGCUCAUGCACUGGCACAGGCGCAGCAGCAGCAGCAGCAACCCCACCACCAGCAGACACCACAACUGCAUCCACAUCCCCAUCCGCAAAAGUCGCUGGCCCAGGUGCAGCCAGGUGGCGAUGUCAAUGCAGAUACCAAUGGCAAUGGCUACGAAAGUGCAGCCGCCGUUGGCAAGCACUUGGUCCAUGCACCAAUCCCAGUGCAGCUGCGCAAACAGAGUCGCUUCAACGCGCGCAAAAAGUUCCAAUUCGCCAUACUCGUGAUACGGGCCGUCAUCCGGAUACGGCGCCUGCGCUAUACCGCCGAGCCGCUGCACGUUGAGGAGGCUAUCCGGGAUCCGUAUCGCGUCAAGGUUCUACGCAAGGUCAUCGAUGGCUGUGCCUUCCGUGUCUAUGGACACUGGGUUAAGAAGGGCGAGGGACAGAACCGCGCCGCCCUCUUCGAGAAUACUCCGCGCACCGAGCUCCACGCGCUCUACAUCAACAAUCUCAGCCGAUAGAAGGCGGGAGCCGGUGUCCUGGUCGCUGAUGAGCUGCACAAGCACACGGACACGGACACACAAAAUCCAACCGAGAAGGAGGAAACAAAACGAAUUAGCAAAAGUUACUAAGAAACACACACACAGGAAAUUGCAAUUGCUGCUGCGCCCACAAGAGAAAAAGAUAAGAAAAAGGAGAGACACCAAAAAGGAUUCGGGUUUCCAACUAGGAGGGAUUCGCCUCGUUCUGUGUGGUUAGGCCAGGAUCAAAACAAAACAUAUAUGGAUAUGUUUAGAGGUUCUUCCGGCAGAUUUGUCCUUGUGAUUUCGUUUAGUCCUUUUCCUUUUUUUUAAAUAAUCGAAAUAAUCGUUAGUUUUUUUUUGUUUUUUUUUUUUGCCCGAUGCCAGCCCAUCGUUCAUCAGUUAUAUAUACAUAUAUUACAUAUAGAGAGAGCUAUGUAUUACCCGAACGAGCCAGAACGAGCCGAAUCCGUAUCCGAAUCCGAAUCAGCCAGAGGAGCAGACAGAUCCUUGGCCCACUAUACAAGCCCAACUACACCCACACGAGCAAGCCUACAUGCAUAUGUAUUUUCUGUUAAUGAUUCUAUUAAAUUAUUUAAUUGUA